AGAGACGUGCUUUCAGUGAAGCAGAGGAUGGGCCAGUGAUAGAAGCUGUUUACACACAAGAGGAAAUCUGUGAUCAGGAGUGGUGUGGAAGAAUAAUGGAGAUUACAGACCUGACAAUUGUAGAAAGUAAAGAGAUCCCUGAACUUGAACCUGUCCACAUUAAAGAGGAGGCCGUAGAGCUGGAGUGUGUUCACAUCACAGAGGAAGUUAGUGAAGAAAAUAAAGUCGAUACACUGGAGGAGAAUAUAGUUAAGAUGGAAUCUAGCCAUUGUGAAGAUUAUCCUCCUGAACAGAUCUGCAUGAAACCCAAUCAGCUUGUCUCUGAAGACACUGGUUCUAGUAUUGGAGAAGAGAGCACUGUGCUGGGGUCCAUUCAGAGGAAACAUCACCCCCCUCAGGAAGGAGCGAUGCCGUCCACGAGCAGCACAGCCUCAGAUCUAGGAAGACGCACCUCCACUCCAGCACCCCGGAGCAAAAUCUCUACUGAUGGGAAACUGCAGCGUAAGCAGAAACACAGAGAGUCAACACCCCGAGAUGAAUAUGUGAAGAAACUGAGAACUCGUUCGGUUCAGAAUCUUUCUGCACAAGAUAGCCGACCACUUCCUGUGGGAUUUACAGCGACUCCACAUCCCGACAGUUCUGCAACCCAGGGCAACUUCAUUUCCCUACAAACUCCCCAGCAGAUUCCUUCAGAGCAGAUCUUGUAUCACUGUACUGAAUGUGGCACCAAUUUCAGUGACCGGGAAAAGCUGAAAAUACACCAGCGUAUUCACACAGGAGAGAAACCGUUUCACUGUGCUGAUUGUGGGAGGAGUUUUAGUCAUAAACAAGGACUUCAAAGACACCAGGUAACUCACAGUACAGGUAAACCAUUUCACUGUGCUGAUUGUGGGAAAGGUUUUAAUCUUAAAACUUUACUUCAAGCACACCAGCGAAUUCACACGGGAGAGAAACCGUUUCACUGUGCUGAUUGUGGGAGGAGUUUUAAUCAGAAAGGAAACCUUCAAUCACACCAGCUAACUCACACAGGAGAGAAACCGUACGAGUGUCCUGACUGUGGCAAGAGUUUUAAUCAUAAAUGUAACCUUCAAAAACACCAGCUAACUCACACAGGAGAGAAACCAUUUGUGUGUUCUAACUGUGGGAGGUGUUUUAAUCAGAAAUGUAACCUUAAAAAUCACCAGCGAAUUCACAGAGGAGAGAAACCGUUUCACUGUGCUGAUUGUGGGAGGAGUUUUAAUCAGAAAGGUGACCUUCAAAAACACCAGCGAAUUCACACAGGAGAGAAACCGUAUGAGUGUCCUGACUGUGGGAGGCGUUUUCAUCAGAAAGGAACCCUUCAAUCACACCAGCUAACUCACUGUACAGAUAAACUAUUUCUUUGUGCUGAUUGUGGGAGGAGUUUCAGUCAGAAACAAGGACUUCAAAGACACCAGCUAACUCACAGUACAAAUAAACCAUUUCACUGUGCUGAUUGUGGGAAAGGUUUUAAUCUUAAAACUUUACUUCAAGCACACCAGCGAAUUCACACGGGAGAGAAACCAUUUCACUGUGCUGAUUGUGGGAGGAGUUUUAAUCAGAAAGGAAACCUUCAAUCACACCAGCUAACUCACACAGGAGAGAAACCGUACGAGUGUCCUGACUGUGGGAGGCGUUUUCAUCAGAAAUGUAACCUUAAAAAACACCAGCGAAUUCACAGAGGAGAGAAACCGUUUCACUGUGCUGAUUGUGGGAAGAGUUUUAAUCAUAAAUGUAACCUUCAAAAACACCAGCUAACUCACACAGGAGAGAAACCAUUUUUGUGUUCUGACUGUGGGAGGUGUUUUAGUCAGAAAUGUAACCUUAAAAAACACCAGCGAAUUCACAGAGGAGAGAAACCGUUUCACUGUGCUGAUUGUGGGAGGAGUUUUAAUCAGAAAGGUGACCUUCAAAAACACCAGCGAAUUCACACAGGAGAGAAACCGUAUGAGUGUCCUGACUGUGGGAGGCGUUUUAAUCAGAAAUCUAACCUUCAAUCACACCAGCUAUCUCACAGUACAGAUAAACCGUUUCACUGUGCUGAUUGUGGGAAAGGUUUUAAUCAGAAAUGUGACCUUCAACAACACCAGCUAACUCACACAGGAUAGAAACCGAUAGCUUUGAAAAUCCAUUUACAAACAUUAAUACUGAAGCUAAAUGGAAAAGACAUUUCAGUGAAAAAUGAGGUGUAGUGGAGUCUGUUGAGGUCCCUCUAGGAGUAAGAUUUGACAGCAGAAGAAACCGGGAUACAGGCACAUAUGAUCACGAUCCUGUAACUGACAAGUGUAUUUAUAUUCCAUUGUUAGAAUCUUUAAAGUUUAUAUUUUGGAGUCCAGACAUUUGUAAUCCUAUUGUACAACCCUGUGAACAAAACGCGGUUUAUAAAGAUUUUUGGUGACGGCAGCUGCUAUUGAAAUCAUCCACUUUUCUCUCGGCAUAGAAAUGCAUUUCAAAUACAACUUUACUAGGAUGACUUUGAAACUGCAAACCCAUUAGGAUCCAAGCAAGGGAUACAUCAAAUUGGAAGCUUAUAUUUUCUUCUUAGAAAUCUUUCACCAAAGGUAAAUUCAGCACUAAUGAAUAUUCACCUUGUUUCACUGUUCCACACAGAAGAUAUUAAAGAUAGUAUGGGUUUAAUGCUACACUACAACCUCACGUUGAUGAUUAAAAACAUUUUGUAAGUACUGGAAUUAAAGUUACUUUGUCUGAAUAACCAAUUGAUGGUACAGUUGCUCAGUUCACAGGAGAUACCUUAGGGGUGCACACACUUCUGGGGUUCAGGGAAUCUUUCAGUUCAGUUUUUUUUCUGUCGACUCUGCUUGAUUGAUAAGAAUGCGUCUCAGUCAGUAUUCAGCGACGAUGAUUCUAACAUCAUAUUACAUGACAGAGUUUUGCAUGAACAGCAUUGCAAUGAUCUGUUAGCAGACCCUACAUGACCCUCCUCCUUUGGAAUGAAGCGAUAUUGUUUGCUGAAUGACUUACAGUUUCUUUCUCAUUUCUGAUCACUUUGCUUUUGAUAUUAUGCGCGAUGUCCUCGAAGGCGUCCCCCAGUAUGAAAUGAAGUUGCUUUUUGGCUCUCUCUCUGACAGUGUCAUCUCCAAGCAUGACAUCAUUAAUAGAAUUCACUCUUAGAAUUAUGGUUUGUUGGAGAGAAAGAGUUGUCCAACGUUCAAUCUAGAGCAGUCUGGCAAUGGGAUGGAGCUCAAUGCGAUGCGGGCAGCAGUGUGGAGUAGCGGUUAGGGCUCUGGACUCUUGACCGGAGGGUCGUGGGUUCAGUCCCAGGUGGGGGGACACUGCUGCUGUACCCUUGAGCAAGGUACUUUACAUAGAUUGCCCCAGUAAAAACCCAACUGUAUAAAUGGGUAAUUGAAUGUAAAAAUAAGGUGAUAUCUUGUAACAAUUGUAAGUCACCUUGGUUAAGGGCGUCUGCUAAGAAAUAUAUAAUAAUAUUCAAACAUUCUGCUUAAUUAAAAAUAUUCCUCUAAUAUUUGGAGACAUUGUAAAUGAGGGAAACAAAAAUCUGAGCUUGCUUCUGAUGUUAUUAAAUAUCUUCAAUAUUGUUUUUUCACCAGUGAUUACUGAGGGUAUGACAGUGUAUCUCAAGCACCUAAUUGCAGAACAUCAUAAGCUUUUCAGAGAGCUAUACCCACAAUGCAAUUCGAUUCCAAAGCACCAUUUCAUGAUCCAUUAUCCCAGAUGCAUCAGAAAAAUAGAUCCAUUAUUGCAUUUCUGGGCAAUGAGAUUUGAGGCAAAGCACAAGUUUAUUAAAAACAGUGUCAAGAAUUUCAAAACUAUUACCAAAUCACUGGCCCAAAAACACCAAAUAGCUACAGCAUAUUGUAUAAAAAUAGAAGACGAAAUGCCGGUAUUUAGUAAAAUAACUGGAAUUGUUCGAGAAGCUGAACAAUAUUUUUUAGUGGCAUCUGAAUUUGAAACCGUUUGUUUUGUAGAACAUCUUCAUUCAUUUCAUGCGACAGGAACUUGGAAAAACGUUCCAUUUGAUCUUCAGACUUCAUAUGGCUUUGAAGAACCUGAUUUGCAUGCGGUUCCAGUGAGUUAUUUAAUGUACAUGCCAACCACAACAUUGUAUUUUGAUUUGAAGUUCUAUAGUUUGGGAAUUGAAAUAAGUAUCGUGGCACUUUGAGGGCUGGUUAUGCAAUGGGAAUUUCUAUAAAUAUGGAGAUAUAAAGGAAGAUGUAAAUAUCACUCCUUCCACAGAAGGUGCAGGUUUGUCACUGCUUCCAUUGAAUUGAGGAGAUUUAGAAAUCGCAGCUAAAAGUGUGUUCACAAAGAACGUUUAAAAUAUGAGAUCCAAAGGCAACCAAACCACUCACCGUGGACACAAACUUCUAGCUGUGAUGUCAAAAUCUCCUGAGUUAAAGUGAAACAGUAACAAAAUGUCAUAUUCUGGAGUUAAAUGCAUUUGUGUGAAUUACAAGUUGGGCUACAGAAAUAAUACAAAAUAACCCAGGAUGGCAGUGAGGACAUUUUGAUUUGGAAAAUGAUAUUCAAGUGUACUUUUUAUUUCCUUUACCAGCAGUUGUUCUUAUGGAUGAACACUGUUGUCUAAAAGUAUAAAUGGGUAAUUGUAUGUAAAAAUAAAUAAUGUGAUAUCUGUAUAAUGUGAAAUAAUGUAUAAUGUGAUAUCUUGUAACAAUUGUAAGUCGCACUGGAUAAUUGCCUGCUAAGAAAAUAAAUAAAUAAUAAUAAUAAUAAUAAUAAUAUAAACUGUACUUGGUGUCCAAAAGGUGUAUUUUGUGAAAUAAAUGCUUUGAUUUAAGAGA